GGGCACAUCCACAUUUUCCCAUUUCCUCCCAAAGCUUCAUCUUUUUGUUUUCCAUUUGGUCAUUUUGCCACCAUGUCUCUGAGGUCACUUGCAGCAGCUACUGGUGCUAACAUGCAGCUGAUCAAGGGUGACCGUGGUGGGAUGCUAUCGAUGUCUGACGAUAGCGUGAUGAUGAAGCAAGUGCAGGCGACUCAUGCCCCAGACGGCAGAGAAGUCGAUGUGGCCCCACUUCUUCACUUAGUUGAAGACAUCCUCAAUCACGCCACCCUCCAGGUUGAACCGCCAUUGCUGGCUAGCCAAGCACAUGCAGAAAUGGAGGAGAAGAACCACCAGAUCAGCUACUCCAUAGUGCUUGAUGCUCUGUCCUAUGUCAUUGACAGAAUUUCUUGUGAGAUAGCCUACAAGGCACUUGGAGGAGCAGAUGCGCACGGCACAACCAUGACAAUACUCGAGACACUCACAAGCUUCCAAUGGGAUGCUAAGCUAGUGAUGACCUUAGCAGCAUUUGCACUCCACUAUGGAGAGUUCUGGCUCCUUGCACAGAUCUACUCCUCGAACCAGCUUGCCAAAUCCAUGGCCAUCCUGAAGCAACUCCCCACAAUCCUGGAACAUUCUGGCCCAUUGAAGCCUCGAUUCGAUGCUCUGAACAAGCUCAUCAAGGCCAUCCUGGAGGUCACUAGGGGUGUGGUUAAGUUCAAGGAGCUUCCACCUUCAUACAUCUCGCAAGACGUGCCAGCAUUGUCUGCAGCCAUGGCCCAUGUUCCCGCUGCUGUCUACUGGACAGUGAGAGCCAUUGUGGCUUGCGCGAACCAGAUCACUCUGCUCACCACCAUGGGACAUGAAUAUGCACUCACGACUACAGAGUCAUGGGAGCUGUCCACAUUGGAGCACAAGCUCACCAACAUACAUGAGCAUAUGAGGAAGGAAUUAGCUACAUGUCACCAACACAUAGAUGAGAAGAGAAGCCUUGAAGAGUACAAAAUGCUGGUGGAUCUGUUUGAGAUGAUCCACAUUGACAACAUGAAGGUGCUGAAAUCCUUGAUUUACAGCAAGGAUGAUAUGCAGCCACUUGUUGAUGGAUCUACAAAGAGAAGGGUCAGCAUUGAGGUGCUGAGAAGGAAGAAUGUCCUCCUACUGAUAUCAGACCUCAACAUCUCAAACGAUGAGCUGGCGAUCCUCGAGCAGAUCUACAACGAGUCGAGGCUUCAUGCGACAAGGCUGGACAGCCAGUAUGAGGUGGUGUGGAUCCCUCUGGUGGAUCCUUCGAUCCAGUGGACCGACGCAAUGCAAACCAAGUUCGACAGCCUGCAAUCCACAAUGCCAUGGUACACGGUGCACCACCCUUCGUUGAUCCGGAAGGCGGUGGUUAGGUUCGUUAGGGAACAGUGGCACUUCAGGAACAAGCCCAUCCUUGUGGUACUUGAUCCACAAGGCAAGGUAGUCAGCCCCAAUGCCAUCCACAUGAUGUGGAUUUGGGGAAGCAAUGCGUUUCCUUUCACAAGCAGGAGGGAAGAAGACUUGUGGAACACUGAAGCAUGGAAGCUCGAGCUUCUGGUCGAUGGAAUUGAUCCAAUGAUCCUCAACUGGAUCAAGGAGGGGAAGUACAUUUUCCUGUAUGGAGGGGACGAUGUAGAAUGGGUACGAAAGUUUACAAACUCAGCCCGAGCAGUUGCUUCAGCAGCACGCAUCCCCUUAGAAAUGGUCUACGUGGGGAAAAGCAGCAAAAGAGAAGCAAUCAGGAGAGUCCUAGCAACGAUCACAGUCGAGAAGCUGAGCUACUUCUGGCAAGACCUCACCAUGAUAUGGUUCUUCUGGACACGACUCGAAAGCAUGCUGUUCUCCAAGAUCCAGCUCGGGAAGAUCGACGAUCAUGAUCCAAUGAUGCAGGAGAUCAAGAAGCUGCUGAGCUACGACAAGGAAGGAGGGUGGGCUAUUUUGAGCAAUGGUUCAAACAUCAUAUCAAAUGGACAUGGGAACACUGUGUUGACCACUCUGAUCGAGUAUGACCUGUGGAAGGAGCACAUUCCUGUUAAAGGGUUUGACUUGUCCUUCGAUGAGCACCACAAGAAGAUCCAUGGGGUGACUUACCCUUGUUGUAGGUUCGAGUUUCCUAACACUGUUGGGAGGAUUCCUGAAUCGAUGAGGUGUCCCGAGUGCCAUCGGACAAUGGAGAAGUACACUACUUUUCUCUGCUGCCAUGAUGUGGGAAAUCCUCAUGAGUCGUCGUUGUUGUAGGACUCCUGCAAUUGCAAUUGAAGAUGUUCCUGAUGCUGAAGUUUCUUCUUAGAAACUCGGAUUAAAUAAAUUUUAUUAGUAUGAUUUGUUGCUCUAUCUUGAUUGUUGUAUCAAGAUUUUCUUCUUGACAUUGCCAAUGGCCACUAUGUGGGGUUGGCUGUCUAGCUGAGUUUAACGAAUAAAGCACUUGUGCUUUGAUGUUGAUCAAAGCUGCUACAUAUGGAAAGUGUAUCCUAUGGAGUUCCUUCUUCAGUCAUGUUCCACUUGGUAGAGCAAUCUAUCAGCUUCCUGUUUCACUUGUCUUUGUGUAGUUUAUGCCAUGUGAAAUUGUUGGGUUUGAAAUAGGACAAUCACCAAACUGAAAAUCUAAAGAGAAUACUAACAAGAUUGAAUAUUUAGUAUCUAAACACUCAGUCCAUCUAGUUUGGUUCCAUUUCAUCGGCUUUCAAGUCAACAUAGCCUCGCACCUUGCAGCCACUCUGCCAACAUGAGAACAAACUUGAAAUCUUACGAUCACGCAAUUUUAGUGACAUGGACAUACUGACUCAACCCAAUUAACUAUGGAUUAGGCGGAAUAAUCAUUUUCUUAUAAAGCAACUUAAGUUCAAUUAGUGACCUUUUGUCACAGACUUCGUAGUUUUAGUUACCAUUUAGGUAUUUUAUCAAACCAUCUAUCCCAGUAACCAGCCAGCAAGAAUCUCCAAUUACAAUAGCACUGAGUAAUAGUAUGAUCCAUAUCUGACAAGAAACUGCAGAUAGUUUAAAGGUUGGACAGGCGCAUAAGGCAUAAGCUCCCUGCGUUGUCUGGGAGAAAGAAAGUAAAUUACUUCCUUCCCAAGUUAACAGGAACCUGAGCAUGUAAUGGUGGGCAAAGUUCAUAACUUUCUUGGUGAUGAAGUCAUUGGUUAUAUACCCUUUCCUUGUUCGCAGGCAGUUUAUAGGUAACUAAAAAAGCUGAGUAGUGAUCUUACCGUUCAUCUUUGAUGAGCUUUUCUGGAGAUAGAGUCUUCGAUGAUACUAUAAAAGGAGAAACUCUAUGUCGUAUUGGUAACUCAAUAAAAGACCCUACAAAAUAAGGAAGCAGUAAGUAACUCUGUAGGCGUAGACAUACUGAACCGCAUGAAUCUCAUGCUUUCACUUAGAGUGGAGCUCAAGUUAGUGAAAGGCAAAGAAAAAACCAGCUGCAUUUCCCCUACCACCAUAGCCUUUACGCCAUAUAUGGAAACUAUAGAGAAACCACCUACUUUACAAAACACUGCUCCAGAUCCCAAACAGAGGCAAAAGAAAAGCAGAUUUAGUAGAGACAGUAAGAAAGCAACACUCUUUCUCUUUAAUAUAUGCCUUCCAGAUUAUUUAACUCCAAUAGAAGCAAGGAAGUUGAUUCACAAAAAUAUAAGCUUUAUACUUUA